AUGGACAAUACAAGGGGCAGGUCUUCUUCACGAGGCAAUGCAGAACACAUAAGUCCUCAACCCUCCCCGAGCAACUACCCGGGUGUGGUGCCCGGCCUGGAUCCAGCCAUCCAGCAAGCUCUCACCGCGGGUAAAUUCACCACGUCGCAAGGCUUCAACAAUCAGUUUCUCGAUCCGCAGCAACAAGGCGGCGUGCAAUCCGACCUGACAGAACCCCGAUUCUAUCCCAACAACCAGUUUCCUCAAGAUCUCUUCCCGGAGAACCAAUUUGCAGGCCAGAAUCUGGAUCCCUCCUACUCCGACAACUAUUUUUUGUACCAGGGCGAGACUAUGCCCAAUGAAUUCAAUCAAACAUAUUCGCUCGACCAGCCGUAUGACAUGAAUUCUCAGAACAACAACAUCAAUCCCGCCGACUUGAACAAAGCGCCUUCCCCGCAAGAUCACCAAUCGCCUAGUUUAUAUCCUCCCGAGACCCUCCCGUCACAGCCGGCGUCACCUGCUUCGACAAAUGGACAGCAGUUUUAUACUCCGCAGCAUUCGAGGCAUGCCUCUCUGGAUCCUUCAAGUGCCUAUGGCGAGAGCUUCAUUGGGGCAAAUUUCCAGCAGCACCGGCGCGCGGCGUCAGAUCACUCCGAGAUCUCUUCAGCCAGCCAUUCCCCUUACAUGGCUCAUGCGGAGCUACACGAACCAAUUGACCUCAACCACUCGCCUUUCCUGCCUGCUCAAUCCGACACCAGCAAUGCCUUUGGGAUGGAGACUUUCAGUCUGGCCGAGCAAGCCUCCUACCGUUCUCCUCGGCUCAUGCCACACAUAGACGCAAGUCUUCAGGGCCUCGGAUUGAACCAAGAUCUCAGUUUGAACCAACCCAUGCGAAUACCUGUUCCGGAUGUCUAUGCCAACCAGCCAACUGCGUAUCCUCCGGUUGUUCCCAGCAAUCACCUGCGCAACGCCUCCGUGGUUUCGGAUAUUGGCCAAGCCGACCAAUUCGCCCCUCCAACCAUCAAUAUCGAACCGGCUCCUGUUUCAAGGCAGCAGAGUUUUGGCCCUCAAGCCGAAGGGACCGAAGGCGCUCUCAGUCCUCCCUCUACAAGCAGAGGGCGCAACCGAAGCAAAUCCGAUGUGACUUUCACACGGCCACUGUCCCGGUCUGGUUCGCCCGGACUCGUCGCUACAAAUAGUCUUGCGGUAAAAUCCAAAUCCCCUGAACGGAGCAGCCGAUCGCUGUCACGUGAGUCUUCCCCCGGUCCUGGCGUGGCUUCGGGUCGCAUCGAUAAGAACCGCCGGGCUUCUACGUCGUCUGUCGGUCAGAGCCGAGAUUACAUUCUGGAUCUGCUUGAUCCCUCCAGACCAACUGCCUCUCCUUCGGGGACAAGCACGAGAGUUCAGAAACAUCCCGCCACCUUCCAAUGCACCCUAUGCCCUAAGCGGUUUACGCGGGCGUACAAUCUACGGUCUCAUCUGCGGACGCAUACAGACGAGAGACCGUUUGUCUGCACCGUGUGCGGCAAAGCCUUUGCCAGGCAACAUGAUCGCAAACGUCACGAAGGCCUUCAUAGCGGCGAGAAGAAGUUUGUCUGCAGGGGGGAACUUCACACUGCCCCGGGUCAAUUCUGGGGUUGCGCCAGGAGAUUUGCCAGAGCGGAUGCUCUGGGUCGACACUUCCGAUCCGAGGCUGGCAGAAUAUGCAUCAAACCACUACUGGAGGAAGAAAAGGCAGAACGUCAGAAUAGGGCAAUGAUGGAGCAACAACAGCAGCAGCAACAGGUGCAGUUCACCCAAGGUGGAUUGCAACCUGUACCUCAGCCCAUGAUGAUCGGCAUGGACCCGACCACCGGAACUGGAGGAUUUGCUUUACCUGCUGCUCUGCUUCAACAAUAUCCUGCACUUCAAAACAUCGACUGGUCUCAGAUCUCGACGGGAGACGAUCAAGGAGAUCUUAGCGAUGUCGGUGGUAUGAGUAGGGCCAGUUUCGACGGUUCCAGUGGUGGAGAUUAUUUUGAUGAAGACAUCAGUGAUGGUUAUGUUAGUGGCAACGGCAUGGACUUUUCGAAUCCGGCACAGCAGAUGUAUAUGGGAAGUUGA